CAAUAUCUCGGCUAGCUCUGAAUCGGCGGUACUACUGAGUAUAUAAGGCAUGUAAGUAAGUGAGCCCGGACGGGAACACAGGAUCACCACCGGUACUAUCAUCUAUGAGCACAUACUCCACCAUGGCGCGCCUCACUCAGAUCGUCGCCGGCAUCGCGUUGGCACCCGGGGCGUUGGGCGCCGCUCUCAUUGCCUCCCACUUCGCCGGCGGCGUCUACACACUAGACUUUGCCGGCACCAACACCAGUGGCACCCUGUCCAUGGUGUCCCAGACCAGCGGGUGCGGGACCACGCCGGGAUGGAUCGAGCUCUACUCGGACUCAGGCAAGCUGUAUUGCUUCGACGAGUCCUGGACCGGACGCGGCGUCAUUUCCGAGUACAACGUGGCCAGCGACGGCCGUCUCACCUUGACGGGGCAGGCCAGGACAACGGGCAAUACGGUCCACGGCGUCUUGUACGGCGGCGCCGAUGGCAGGGGUUUCGUGGCGACGGCGGAGUAUUCACCAUCGACCAUCACCACUUACAAGAUGCCGCUCCUGAGCAGCGCCGUGCUGCAGCUGGAAAAGUUCACCAUGGCGCAGCGCGGUCCCAACCCACGUCAGGACGUCCCGCAUCCGCACGAGGUGCAUCUCGACCCGACGGGGAAGUUCAUCAUCACGCCGGACCUGGGAGCCGAUGUCGUGCGCAUCUUUAAGAUCGACGCGACCAGCGGCAAGCUCACGGCCUGCUCCGAGGGGAAGGCCGACGCCGGCGAUGGACCGCGCCACAUCGAGUUCUGGAAGUCGGCCGCCGGCGUGCAGAAGGCCUACACGGUGAACGAGCUCGGCAACUCGGUGUCGGCCUGGGACGUGACAUACCCCAGCAGCAACGGCUCGGGCUGCCUGUCGCUGAAGAAGACGCAGACGCUGUCGACGUACGCGCCGGGCAAGAAGGGCGGGCCGACCACCAAGGCGGCCGAGAUCCGCGUGGUCGGCAACUUCCUGUAUGCGACCAACCGCGCGGACCAGACCUUUGGCUCGCAGCAGGACUCCAUCGCCACCUACACCAUCAACCCGACCACCGGCGCCCUCGCCUGGCUGGAGGCUGCCAACUCGUACUCGUACUACCCGCGGACCUUCCAAUUCAACAAGAACGGCACGCUGCUGGCCGUCGGCGGCCAGACCUCGUCCAACGUGGCCAUCAUUGCCCGGGAUCCCGCGACUGGCAGGCUGGGCAAGCUGGUGGCGAAUCUCCAGGUCGGCCAGAAGGGACGCGCCGGGGAGGAGGACGGCCUGAGUGCGGUGGUGUGGGUGGAGUGAAAGGGAUAUAACAGGGACCAAUGUUGUUGUUGUUUUUGUAAUAACAGCACAAACUCACUACUAGUACUAGUCCAUUGAAGAGCAGUG